GCACAUGAAAUGAUGAAAAUAGCAAACAUUACAAGUUGAGCAUUGAAGAGUCAAGACUAUUCAUUAAUCAUUUAUUUAAUUUAUAAUCAGCAAAUAAUCAGUAUAAAUAUAAUUUGUGCUCACUACCAUAAUGUCGUCUACAGUUUUACGAGUCAAACGAAGACUUGAAGAUAACCCUCAAGAUGCAUUAAUUCUUCUCUGCAAACGAAAGAAAGUAGACACCGAAGAAAUAUCUCCGUCACUUUUUGUAUUUAGAGGGACUGUAGAUAGUCAGGAGAAUGUAUGUGUGAAAAACAUACUACCCAAAAAUGAUAUCAAAUUAAAGCAAAAUCUGAAUGUUAAAGAUGUCCUUAACAAAGCACGUAAAAAAAAGAAGGAGAUAUCAGUACAGAAGCGUUACGAAGUAGUAAACUCUAGCAGAGGUCUUGAGGAUGACUUCCAUUUGGUAGAUGUACAUCCAACUGGGCUUGAAAUGGAAGAGAUUAUGUUUACUUAUGAUUUGUAUACUUCAGCAGUUGAAGAGUUUGAUAUAAACAUGCUUGAUGAUCUUAUAAGUAUUGAACACUGUGAAUCAGAUCUUAUAAUGGGCACAAAAAAAGAGAAUGGGCAGCAGUCAUCUGAUGAAGCAGAUGAUGAUGAUGACUCAAAUGAUGAAAACAAUUGGAGGAAUGACUAUCCCGAUUCAGAAAAAAGCAGUAUAGAUGAGAAUGAUAUGGUGGCUGCUAUGAAUAGGUGUGACUUAGAUGAUCUAUCAAGUGAUGAUGGGGAAGAUAAGAUAUAUGAUUGUCCACCAGAUAUAUCACAGGAAGAUGUGAAACUGUAUGGUGCUGCAUAUGCAAAGUAUAAAGCUAGAGUUAUUGCGGAGGAAUCUGAUGUAAUGGAUGAAAAAAAUUUGGUACAUUCUAGAGCAAUGAAGGAUUUAGAUGAGGAAUCUGUCGAUGGGUACAAAGAUGACAGUGAUGAUGGGUUUUAUUAUGGGCAAGAGGAGGACUCCAAGCAGUUCUGUGAACAAUAUGGUACAGUUGAUGAAGUAUAUAAUCCAGACUGAGAUAGUUAUGUAGCAUUAGGUGGGAUUAUCUUUAAAGAGCUCUAAAUAUUAUAUUUUCAAAGUACCUACAUUUCAAAAUUUUAAGACCUUUGCCAGUUCAAAAUUUUCAUAUCAAUGUAUUAUUUCUAAAUAAUAUGUGCCUUCAAUAAUGUAUAAGAUUAGAAAAUAUUUUCGCAAUUUUUUAAAUUCUUAAUUGAAUGUGCUUUUUAUAUUCAAACAUACAUACAUAUAAACAGAUAAAGCCAUCUUGUAUCUAUUUAUUAUGAAUGGAGUGUUUAAAAAAGAAAAUAUAUAAACAAUAAAAUUUAAAACAUCA